AAGCCCUUAGGCAUGCAGACUGCUUCUAUAAACAUUUGGGAAAGAAUGGAUUGCUCUCAGGAGCUCAGUGAAUUCAAGCGUGGUACAGUGAUAGGUUGCCUCCUGUGCAAUAAGUCCAUCCAUGAAAUUUCCUUGCUACUCAAUAUUCCAUGGUCAACUGUUAGUGGUAUUAUAACAAAGUGGAAGCAACUGGGAACAACGGCAACUCAGUCACAAAGUGGUAGACCAAGCAUGCUGAAGCACACGGUGUGCAGAAGUCCUCAACUGUUUGCAGAGUCAAUAACUAAAGACCUCCAAACUUCGUGUGGCCUUCAGAUUAGCACAACAGUGCAUAGAGAGCUUCAUGGAAUGGGUUUCCAUGCUGAGCAGCUGCAUCCAAGCCUUACAUCACCAAGUGCAAUGCAAAGUGUCAUAUGCAGUGGUGUAAAGCACACCACCACUGGACUCUAGAGCAGUAGAGACAUGUUCUCUGGAUUGUCAGAAAAAUGGUACUUGCCUGACUGCAUUGUGCCAGGUGUAAAGUUU